GUACAUGUACAUGAGAACGACAUGAAAAACGUAUUUGUACUCCGUCAUGUCUGAUGUAAACAAGCGUGUUUUUUUUUUCGUCUUUUCUCGGGAACGGUGCACCGUAGCUGGGGCGGGAGUGUUCAACGGAUGUGAUGUCUUGUGCCUGAAUAUUUGACGUACGCAACUCAUUUUCAUUUGGGAGACGUAGGAUUGCCCCAAGCUCCAAUAUGUGUCAUUUCGAUUUUAUCUCAUCAUUGAGUCAUACACUUCUGCGAUAACGCAUCUUUGUUGAGUGAAUAUCCCCCAUACAGUCAACAUUCAACAAGUAGCCCUACAUAGGCCUAAUACUUUGUCGUUAUUAGUUACAUUAGACCCCCAGCCAAACAUCAUGGAUGACUGGGAAAGAUAUCGACUGGUCGUACUAGGAGCCGGCAAAGUGGGCAAAACCUCCAUCAUCUCGCAGUUUCUUAGCAACAAAUUUGACGAGAAAUAUAAAGAGACUGUUGAAGAUCUGCACUGCAGGGAAUACAAUGUAAAUGGACAUUGUAUUAAAGUGGACAUCCUGGACACAUCGGGUACCCUUCAAUUCCCAGCAAUGCGACGCUUAUCAAUCUCGACGGCUCACGCCUUUCUUCUUGUCUACUCAGUGGAUGAUCACAAUUCCAUGCAGGUUGUGCGACAGAUUUACGAACAAAUUCGCGAGCAACGGGUCAACUUUGAUGAACUUCCCAUUGUGGUUGUUGGCAACAAAACAGACCGAGCAGAAUUCCGUGAGGUAGAAGAAAUUGAAAUGCAUGAUUUGAUUGUCAGAGAGGCCUGGCACUGCAAUUUCCUCGAGGUCUCAGCGAUGGAAAAUCUAGGAAUUCUGGAAAUUUUUCAGAAGCUUCUUCAAAUGGCGAAAAUUCCCGUCGCCAGAGAGCUUAGCCCAGUUCUGAAACGCCGCAUGAGCGAGUAUGGAUACAAACGCCGUAAAGAUGGAAGAGGGUCAUUUAAGGAGAGUGACAAAGAAAUGUCUCGCAGUAGAAGUCUUAUGCGACGCACAGGAAGACCGAAAGUCAAGCAGAGUCAAGACCCUACUAAAAGUGACUGUGUGAUUUCAUAGGUGAUUUUGCCUGUAAACUAUUCAGUUCCAAAUCCGUUAGUCAAGGGCGCAGUCUGGCAGUUUCCUGAGGUUUAGGCAUAAUGUAUACACAUUAUUUGAAUUAUGCUCUACGAUCCUGUCAUCAACAUGUGUUCAUAUUCAUUUGAAUGGUGUUUGUAAAUGUAACGUGGUUUGCUAACCUUUAGGACUGACCUUCCUUCUCUUUUAAUUAAGAAGCCUAUUACCAAUCUGCAUAGAAUUUGCAAAUAUUUUGGAGGUUAGUGUGUUGCAGCAGUUUUACGCAGUUUACCAUUAACAUAAGCUUUUGUAUAAAUAGAAAUGCAAUUUUAGAUGAGUGUGAUUAUUGUACUUUAAGUGCGAGCUGGAAAUUUGUCAAAAGAAUUUUAAAAACCAUUGUCUCUUGAUCAAUUGUAUUCAAUUCCGGAACAGAUAAUCAUCGAACCAGCAUUAUGAUUUGUAAACUACUGGAAGUGCACAGAAAUGUCGUUCUGAAAUAACUGAAAUAACAUUGAAAGCCUUUUUUCCAGGGUUUUUAAUGCUUCAGCUGUAAACUAUUUAUCAAUUAGUUUGGGUUUUAAGAUACAUUCCAAUUUGUUUCAAAGCA